UGAGCCUAGCGAGUAACCGUCGUGCCAGUCAGAGUUCAUUUUUGGUGUGAUCGUCAGUUGUCGUAGAGACGGGCGACGUACGGGACGCGAGCGUAUCAAUUGUUUGGAAUUCGUAAAUAAGUUGUUAUACAUCGGUAGGUAAGAACGGUACUAGUAAUAAUCUCAAACCGCGCCGAGGUGAAGAGUCAUCGAGUAAAAAAUGACUAUGAAAGACACAAAACAUGUUAAUACCGAGUCGACGAAUCUUUACGAAAGGCCGCCGAGUCUCUCGACCGGCCAGUCGAUCAAAACAUUUUUGUAUAAUCGAACAACAGGCGCAGUUAUGGGCAGGACGGCCAGCAGCUGGGGAAAGAUUGGUCUCUUCUAUUUGAUAUUCUAUGGUGUUCUUGCUGCUCUGGUUGCGAUCUGCUUUUGGGUCUUCUUUCAAACCUUGGACCCGAGAAUACCGACAUGGCAGUUGGAUAGAUCCAUAAUUGGCACAAAUCCAGGCCUAGGCUUCAGACCAAUGCCACCAAGUGAGAACGUUGAAAGUACGUUGAUAUGGUACAAGGGAACGGAUCGCAGCAAUUAUGCUCACUGGGUGGACUCGUUGGAACAAUUUUUGGAAGUUUACAGGAAGCCUGGUUUGACUCCCGGUAGAGGUGCCAAUAUCCACAACUGCGAUUUUGAUCAACUUCCGUCACCGGGGCAAGUAUGCGACGUUGAUAUAAAAAAUUGGGACCCCUGCACGAAGGAGAACAAUUACAACUACCACAAAUCGGCUCCGUGUGUUUUCUUGAAGCUGAACAAGAUUUACGGAUGGAGGCCGGAUUAUUACAACGACACUAAAUCACUGCCUGAGAAAAUGCCACGUGACCUAAAAGAACAUAUAGUUGACUUGGAAAAGAAAAAUGCACUCGAAUUGAAUACAAUUUGGGUAAGCUGCGAAGGUGAAAAUCCCGCCGACAUGGAGAAUAUUGGCCCGGUUAAAGUUCUACCGAGACGUGGAUUUCCGGGUUACUUUUAUCCUUUUGAGAAUUCCGAAGGAUACCUCAGCCCUCUGGUUGCCAUCCACUUCGAAAGACCUCGAACUGGAAUUUUAAUAAAUGUUGAGUGCAAGGCGUGGGCUCGCAACAUAAAACAUGAUCGUGUUUCUGGAAUGGGAGCUGUGCACUUUGAGCUCAUGAUUGAUUAGUCAAUCAAAGAAUAUUUAUGCGAAGAAUCUCAAAUUAUACCUCCCCUUUUUUUUAUUUCGAAAUAUCCCAAUGCCGGCUAACAAGGUGAAAAGAAAUACGAGAGUAUAGCAUCAGUAGUUUAUUGACUGUUUACAAUUCGCAUAAAAACUGAUUAAAGUGCCUUUUAAUUAUCACACUAUAAGUGACAAGGAGAGGUGGAAAAUAUAAGGACUUAAAACUCUCUUGAACCAAACUUGAAUUUGGUUUUAUGCCUUACAAAUAAAUAUUACUAUUGUUACUAUUAUUAUCACUUCUGUUAAUAAUAUUAGUAGAUUAGCAAUUAAACUACGUUGGAAAUACGUAUGACAAACAACAUAUUGUGUUCUUCUACACGCGGAGUGCCUUUCUCAUAGUUUAUGAUAGUCAUAUGAUAACGUAUAAAAAUAAUUAAUAUAAUCGCGUCAAAUUGUUCAAGGAGUAUUUUCAUUCAUACAAGUCGAAAUUUUAACGGUAUAUGAUAAUAAUAAUACCCACAUACAUUAUCGUUAAUAGUAAUUUACAUUAUUUAAUAAUACAUUUUAUGAUUAUUAUAAUAUGAUAAUAAUAUUGUAUAUUGCUUCUAUGCGCGCAUGACGAGUGUGCGAGUCUUAGACAGUGUAUGUAUCUGUGUUUGAAAUAUUUUGCUAAUAUAUACUGGCCUUAGAGCAAACUGAUGUAACGAGCGUAAUAAACGCGUGAAAGUCUAGAUGUGAGGAAGAAUACAAAUUUCAACACAGUCAUAUAUCAAAAUACACGACAUCUGAGCUACACUUGGUUCAUGAUCUCAAAAUUGUUUUUCCUCCAAACAUUCAUAAUUACCAGAAAGCGACGUCGAAAAAAACUGAGAAAAGAAAAGAUAAUUCUCAUUUGACCCCUUUAUCUCUUCUCAUUCCUUAAGAUCUGGCGUUCAAUAUUCGCAAUAUGUAUAGACUGCACAAAAAUCAAUUAAAUUAUGUAUAAAACUCAAUUUCGUGAAAAUCUACAAAUAAAACUCUCCUUUGUGUAA